GAGACGCAACGCUCCUCCGCCGCCUGAGUCGCACUCACCGGACGGCUGCGCUACGGCAACCUCGGCGCUCGACUUUGCAUUUGGUUCCAAACACCUCUCGAGCCUUAUUCGCAAGUGCGCAUUCAUUCAAGUUUGUCGCCGCCGCGCGUUGGGCAAUCAGCAGCAGGCAUGGCCGUGUUCCUCGCCCUGUGCCUCUGCGCGCUCUGGGCACGAGCCCUCGCCGGCGGACCCCCGCACCCCAACGCCAUCAAGGGUCCCGGGACACAAGACGGGGGCGCCGCUUCUCUGCGACCCGGCACCUUCCCCGGGCAGCAGCAGGCGAAGAAUCACGCGGCCGACGAGACUUACGGAGUGGAAUGUGCGCGUGACGUCGACUGUUCCCGGGACAUGUUCUGUGGCGGCAUGCGCCUGGGAAGCCACGUCUGCGUGGCUUGUCGUCGAGUUGGCAAGCGCUGCCACCGCCACCAAAUGUGCUGCUUGGGCAGCCACUGCCAGCAAGGGACCUGUAUUGUCAUGACAACGGAAUCAUCAGAGGAAGAGGAAGUGAAAAGUUUGGAACCAUCACAACUGCCACCGUCUGCCACAGUGAACAUACACAAGGCUGAAGAGGGCUCCGCGUGCCUCCGCUCGUCCGAGUGCGCCGCGGGUCUCUGCUGCGCCCGUCACCUGUGGUCGCGCGUCUGCAAGCGCGUGCGCGCGCUCGGAGAGGCGUGCUCGCGACGCGCCAGACCCAAAGGCUCGCGGGGCCUGGAGCUCUUCGAGCGCUGCGACUGCGGUCCGGGCCUCUCCUGCCGGCCCACGAGGGCCCUGCCUCCAGCCGGGGGGGCCCCCGAGAAAGACGCGCGCCGCGGCGGGAGAAGUCGCGGAGCGGCAGCCACGGUUGGCGGUCACGACAAGGCGCACGUGGCCACCGGACACGCUGUCGACGGAGGGGCCGGUGGUAGCCAUCCGACACGGCUGCUGCACGUGUGCCAGGCGGUAUAACAGCGUGCCUGCGGGGAGCGCGAAUGACGUGGGUUAGGUCACUUGCACUACGAACCGGCAACUUGAAUUUGCUUCCCACUUCACGGCCAAAAUCGGCGAUGAAUAUCUGAAAUGGUCCCCGGGCCUAUCCCUAGAUUGACUCAGCCUCAAAUGAGUACCUGGUUGAUGUGGGUAAAACAAUAGCGUCGGGGAGUCCAAGACGGCAGGGCGUGGUGCUGGCCACCCCCUCGUGUGUCGUAGCGAUCUAAAUAAGAUGCCCAUAACAACAUUUGUCCAAUAAGUACGUUUAAGGUUAUAUUGAGGAUCUUUGUCUUUACCACUGAAUCCACUGACCUCUGGCCACUAGAUCGACUGAUGUUCCUAGGUAUCUCUGAGAAUGCAGGUUGACAGGAUACAUAACGCACUAGGUAAUACCUAUUGGUCGAUGUUAGUACUUAAUGUUCAAUUUAGUUUCCAUAAGCGGUCACUGACACAAUUCUAACACAGACGUGAGAACACUAUUUCAGCGCCCAGCACUCAAUUGAACUCGGCAAAUGCAUGACAUCUUUGCAUAGGUGUUCAUCUUACCUGUACGCCUUAAUAAUAUCGGUGGGAAAACGCGACCGCCGACCUGAGACGGCGCUCUCCUCUCGGCGUCGUCGUCCCAGCGUGUUCACGCCACGUGCUCGAUUUAAAGAGCAGGGAUCGCCACUUACUCGGCUCACCGUGAUUUCGCUGAGCUGACAAGGAGGGGAGGGGAGCCCUGAACGUGUCGUAUACAUGUGCUGCAUUGAAUCAAUGCAAGCAGUCAAGUCCCCCGAGCGGUGGCCACUGAAUGAUGUGUUCAGAGCAAAUUGGUGACCAUUGAAUUAAACGACUGAGAACUUUCAGGCCACACACGGAGGCUUAACAGUACCGAGGUUGUGAGUGCUUACAAAGGUAGUUGUUCUCACAAAUAUUUUCCCAAUGGCCAAUCACACAUGCCCUUCACUCCUUCAGUUCUAACUACUGUCCAGUAUAUAUUUACAUCGCCAAAAGAACCUUUGGAACAAGUCCCUUGUAAGAGUUGUACAGACACCACUUAGGUGAACAUAUAUCUGUCGUCUAUUACAGUUUAGUAAUAGCAAUACGGGGAGUUAUCUCUCCAUUUAAGGACGUUCAGUUUACGAUGUUUCGCGUUGACGCAAUUGGCAAAUUGUGGAUUACUUUUCGAUUUAACAAAUCGAAAUUCCGUGGAAACGAAAUUUUACAUGGUA